UUUUUUGCGGGAUCAGCUCUGCAGCAUCAGACACCGGAGACAAUCUGCAUAUUUCAAUUUCUGCGACGGAGACCUCAUGAUUGACAGCUGAGACUGACUCAGGAUUGGUCUAGAGUGUGUAUGGGCUCCACUUCAAUACCACGGCUCCACUUCACCAUCACUGCUGACUAGUGGGUCAUGGAGGUGUCUCACAGCCUCUUCCUGCUGCAGCAACUCAACGUUCAGAGAGAGUUCGGCUUCCUGUGCGACUGCACCGUCGCUAUCGGCAACGUCUACUUCAAAGCUCACCGAGCUGUGCUGGCCGCCUUCUCCAACUACUUCAAGAUGAUCUUCAUCCACCAGUCAAGUGAGUGUAUAAAGAUCCAGCCCACAGACAUCCAGCCUGACGUCUUCAGCUACCUGCUGCACAUCAUGUACACUGGCAUGUGUCCCAAACAGCCAGUGGACCAGAGCCGGUUGCAAGAUGGCAUCAAGUUCCUUCACGCCUACCAGCUGUGCCGGAAACCAGACGAAGGCGCAGUAGACGCCACCACUGACGUGGUCCGUAUGUCCAACCUGUACGGAAUUCAGAUCUCGUCCCAGCUGGCCAACAAGGAUGUGCCUGGAGUCCCCAAGACCCCCACAGUGUCCCGAGGGGCCCCAGAGGACGGACGCUCCUCAGUCCGGGGGGCACGAUCCCACUCACAACUGUCCCUCACUGUUGGACUGGAGGGGGUGCCUUCAGACCGCCAGGCUUCGGCUCUUCGCAACGUCUGCUCUGUGGCGUCUGGAGACGAUUCUGACAUUUCGUCCCGAAUCAAGCAGGAGCGGGUAGAGGAGGAGGAGGGGGAAGACGGGGAGGGAGAGGAGGGGGCAGGGCCAGGAUCCCCGUCUCCAGCCCAGGGCAGCAGUCCCAGUCUCCUCUUUAAAGACCGGCCCCUGGUCCUGCUGUGUCCCAGCUGUGGAGAGCGCUGCUUGUCCCCCGAGGGCCUCCGCGAGCAUCUAUUCAGCCACGCCCUUGAGCCUGCCCGCCUGAUGGAGGGGCUAUCGCACGGGAGACAACUGAACACCAGUGUCGAAGAAGGGCCACGGGGGGGCCAAGAACAGCUGGACGCUGGAUGUCUGGAGGAGGCGCUGAGGCAGAGCCAGGCGCUGGCCAAUCAGCUGGCUGCUGAGCUGAGGAGGAGUCGAGGGGGGGGAGGGGGGAGCAGCCCCACCCCCGCCGCCCUGCACUCCCGUAAACGUAAGAUCGCCUGCGCCGUCUGCAGCCUGCGCUUCUCCCACAAAAGCCAGCUGCAGGAGCACAUGUACACCCACACCGGCAAACCGUCCCGCUACCACCGCUACAACCGCCUCUGCAGCCAGCUCUUCCAGGCCUCCGCCCACUUCUGUGAGGGCGCUGCAGAGCCCGGGGGAGGAGGCGGGGCGCCAACUGCUGCCGCUGUUUCUGAGGAGGCAAACAGGGACACUCAGGACAAUGGCAGCUCCUGCUACUCCCUGGACUCUGAGAUCUCUCAGGAGAGCGUGGAUGGCGUGCCCGUGGAGUAAUGUCAUCAGGUGAUGUCAUAGAGAAAUCUUUCACCACAUGGUGGCGUGACUGAGCACACAGAGAGUGAAAAGACAAGCCUGGAGGGGAUUCUUUGCCAUUGCAGGUGUGUGUGCGUGUGGAUGAUAAGCGCUAACGUCAGCAGUUGCUUAUUUCAUCAAAGUGAGAGUCAAUCAAUCAAUCAAUCAAUCAAUCAAUCAAUCAAUCAAUCAAUCAAUCAGCUGCUGCAGAGUGGGACUGAGGAGACGACAGCUCUGAUUGGCUGCUGAAGUUUCAAAACCAAUCACAGGAGAGCGAAUGUUUGUGUCUUUAAUGUUCCCUCUAAUUACAUUUAGACGAACCUUACAAACAAACAACUGUCGUGCUUUUAAUGUGAAAAGACAGUCAGUUUUACUUUGAAAUUCAGCUCCUGUAUAGGAUCAUACGUUACAUUUUUCCUGUUUCCUUUUCCUGAUGAGAUUUUGCUUUAUUUUGAAGGAGUUAUUCAAAAGCAGUGGUCCUUUAAUGUUACUUUUUGUCGUCACUUUGAUUUUACAGUUGAUAUUGAUUAUUGAUCGCUGAAUGUCUGAUUGCUCAGUAGUGACGUCGUCUUUGUGUUUCACUGGGAAAAAAAAUCACAGGUUGACGUGUUUUCAACAAUCGUCUGUUUUUCAUCGUAAAUAAGUUUGUAAAUAAACGUCUUUUUCCACCAA